UGGAAAUUAAACAUGCUGACCUCACAGAACAGGAUAAGAAACAUUUCUUGGUCAAUCGGCUGCAGCUAUAGUAAUAUGGGCGCUUAUUUGGCCUCAUUCAAGGUCUAUCUAGAUUUUUUGCCAGGCCUAUAAUUUCGGCCUACAGCAUAGAACACCAACAACAGCCAACACCAUCAUACUCCAUGAGUCUAGCCUGGUCAUGAAAGCGCCUGAUGCAGCUGCGAGAGUUCCGUCUUCCCUCCGUGAUCCAUUCAGCUGCGUGAUCAUCAACCCCCUAGUGUACGCUAGCAAAAAGUUGCGGCUCCGGGUGCAACCCGGCACCGGCACGAGGGACAAUGGCCCAACUGAGGUCCCCACCCGUUGUGUGGCCGCGCCCCGCAGUUUCACAGCGUGCACCAAGGCAGUAAUACCUGAGAGGAUCACUGGAACCGAACCCUUCGACUGCCUGCAGAAAAGCGCAAUCUUAACUCGGGUAAAGGUGUCCAGACCAUGAUUACUGUACUCGCUUACACCACCUUAGGAAUCCAAACCCCCGCCAAGUAGAUCUGCACCACCCAGAUCCGGUAUUUGCGAAACAGAAAAGGACAAAUCCGAACAUAUAACAACAGGACAGUUUAAUCCCAAAUCUCGCGGUAAUAUCCGGCUGGAUCCGGUGUAUCGGUGUACAAUACCUAUCUAGAGCGGAUCAGCCUUGCCGUCCUGGCGAUCAUGGACGCGUGUGGAAAGCCCCUACCGGAUGAUGAUGGGGAGUUUUGGAUUUUUGGUUAUGGGAGUUUAAUUUGGAAACCUCCCCCUCAUUUCGACUGCAGAAUACCCGGUUGGGUGACGGGCUAUGUCAGACGAUUUUGGCAGGCAAGCGAGGACCACAGAGGAACACCAGAGAAGCCUGGACGUGUCGUCACGCUGCUGGAGCGCUCCUUCUGGGAGACCUUGACUGAUCACCAUGAGGAUGCUCCUGAUCGCGUCUGGGGUGUUGCUUACCGCAUCAAGGCCGACAAGGUGGACGAGGUUAAGGACUAUCUUGACAUUCGAGAGAUCAACGGCUACACCAUCCACUACACGCCCUUCCACCCAGCAGACAGGUCCGCCCCAAUCAGGACCUUAGUCUACAUCGGCACCCCCGACAACCCCCAGUUCGUGGGACCUCAGGACCCGCAGGCCCUCGCCGAGCAUAUUCACCGCUCCGAGGGACCCAGCGGACUGAAUAGGGACUACCUACUGUCCCUGGACGAUGCUUUGAACCAGCUGGGACCGGAGAGCGGGGAUGAGCAUGUCGCCGACCUGUCGAGGCGUGUUCGUGCCAUGCAGACUGACUCUGCGGCUCAGGUCGACACAGCAUCGCAACAAUCCGACUUCCGCAAAGUCCACAGAGCCGAGGAGAAAGAAGAGGCUGAGAAAGCCAGCUAGCAGAGCUGCUUUCCUCAGGCUCAACGCCUUGCGUCGAUAUAGGAUUGACACAUGCCGGCUCUCUGUCACUGACGACUUUGCAGGGCUAGAUCUUGGCAAAUUUCAGUACCGUGCCGUCACCUUUACAAGUAUAGAAGCACAUAAACACUCGAUCCAGCAUGGGCGUGCGGAUCUUGCAGUUGCGCUGAAGUCAAUAGAAGCCUCAAAGACACGGACGUGGAAGGCUCGGCCCAACAGAGAGUCCCAUAGCCAAUCCAUUCUUUUCAAUGCAGAACAAGAGCCAGCUCAGAUGAAGUUUCAUUUUCAUGAUUUUUGUAUAAAUUCAUAUGGAUUGUCCACCGUGCCCUCCAUGGUCGGGGGGCAUAAAAGGGGGUUGGGUAUCGGUCGCGCACUAACACCGCAAAGAAUCGCCAACAACAAACAGGACGGAACCCCCUGAAUGAUCCCAUCCAGUAACAGUUAAUAUAGAAAACGACACGGCCCCUCUCCGGGUUCUUUGGCUGCUGCCAAGCUUCGUACCGUCGUUAACCCCUUGCUAUUGGAAUGGGGUCGCCUUUCAAGUUGGUUGUCGUGGGAUACUCUUCCAAGAUAACUUCCCCCUCCCUCCCUGAUAACCCGUUUUGCUUUCUCUCAGUAGGGCCCGCCCUGAGGGUUUUGCGGGGGCAUCUGUUGUUGGGGGGGUAUUUGACCGGAGGGGUCAGGGUAAUAUCCAGGGUGGCCAGCUGCGGCUUGCCAAGCUAUGCACAUGGCUUUCAUGUCAAUAGUCGUUUCCUCUCUCCAUCGUAUACAAAGGGAAAAGAACACUACAGCCCCUUCCAAAUCUGU